AUGGAGGGGCGCUCAGCUUCCGGGCCGGGGACCGUGAGCGCGGCGGUGCGCGAGCACCUGCGGCAGCUGUGCCUGCGCGAGUUCCCGUGUGGCACGGGCAGCUGGAAUAAGUCUCGCUUUGGUCCUCGAACUGGGCAAACGUGGAGGGAGCCGGACCCCAGAGAGGAAGAGACAGUGGAAGCCCUGCUGGACCUCGUGCGCAGCCCCCACUCGCCCUGGGCUCUGCCGAGCGGCUCCAGCACGGAGGACCAGUUCCUGCGAGAGCUGGCCAUCCAGGACCCACUGCUGCUCAAGGACUCCUUCUUCUACUCCUACUUCCGGACCCUGCGGGUGGUGGACAAGGAGGUGAGUCUGGUGGAUAAAGACCUCCUGAAGUUUCUAAAGCUGGAGGAGCUGAUUCUGAGCGCCAAUCACAUCAAGGAAGUGGACGCGGCCAAUCUGCCCAGGACACUCAAGGUGCUGGAGCUGUACGGCAACGAGCUGGCCAGCAUGGAGUCUCUGUGUGUCCACCCGCCGCCCCCGGGCCUCCAGCACUUGGGCUUAGGCCACAACAAGCUCCUGGGCCCGUUGGAAAGCCUGUAUGUCACCGCCAGCCACUGGCCCAGCCUUGUCUCCCUCGACCUGGGCUUCAACGACCUGACCGACCUGCAGAGCAUGAUGGCUGCCCUCCGGAGCCUGCGGCGCCUGCGGCUGCUGGUGCUGCAGGGGAACCCACUGGCCCUGGUGCCGUACUACCGCGGCUUCACCAUCGACAGCCUGGCCCCCCUCUGUGUGCUGGACGACAUCACCGUGUCCCCCAAUGAGAAGCACCAGUUCCGGGGGCUCAGCCUCCACGGUGAUCUCUUGGCACACGCGGCGCAGUUAGUGGUGACCAUUGGCAAUAUCAGAGGGGUUCUGGACAGCUCCGUCUUGGACCCUGAGCCAGGGCCCGAAGGCCCGUUUGCCUCUUACACCUAUUACGUGACCUACGACUUCGUGGAGGAUGAGGAGGGCGACAGGAAGGAGUACAGUGGCGUGCUGGCCGAGAUCGUCCAGCCGUCCCCCAGCACCGAGCUGCUGGGCGAGGACUUCAACGAAGACUUCCCGGAGGAGUUGGGUGGGGAGGCCUCCGAGGAGGCGGAGUCUGCAGAGUCUGCGACCACCGAGCUGCUGGACUCGGAGCUGUCCUUGGUUUCGGCCGCCCUGCCCAGGUCCGGAGACUCGGCCGAAGAGCUGGCGAAGCUGCGGCCCCGGAUGGAUGACCACCUCUGCCUGUCCCCAGGGACAGUCCUGUUCAGCACAGCCCGCAAGCCCUGGAGCGAGGUGAUCGCCUGUGGCUACGAGAUGCAGCACGGCCUGAAGGACCUGGUGCCGCUCAAGGCCUUCCUGCUGGCAGGGACCACGGUGACUGUCAUGGAGGAGAAGAUCCUGUCUUGGCCCUUGAUGUCACCCUCUGUGGACAGUUCCUUGCCUACCAAGAAAGGGAAGAAGGAGAAAGACAAGAGAGGGAAGGCAGAGAAGGAGUCUCCCAAGGAGCGAAAGGGGUCCAGGAGGAAGAAAGAGCCUCCCAGCGAGCUUCGGCAGGAUCCGCCCGUCACGCGGGUGCUGGGCAGCUGCCUGGUGGUCCUGGAGCCCCUGCUUGCAGGGGAGCCCCUGGUGUCCACUGUGUGCAACUUUGGGGUGGUCCGCACUCCGGAAUCCGACAGGCUCAUGUUUGCCAGGGACUCGAAGAAGGCUAAGAAGGGUGCCAAGAAAGAAAAGCCGAAAGCGGCGGCUCCGGCCAACGACAGCCAGUACCAGCCCGAGGCGCUGACGGUGGAGGUGCAGGUCCAGCUGAGCCAGUGCCGCACUGCCGCGGAGGCGCUGCACAGCUUCGCCGUCUAG